UCAUCUUCCAAUUCAAAUUCCACAGCGAUAAUUUCACUGUCAAUUCAAAAUCCGAUCCAAUAUUCAACUUUGAUCCCAUCGAAAUCGAAGAACAAAACCCAAGACCCAUUACCAUUCUUCAUAUUUUUCCCUAAUCAAAUCCCACAUAAGCACCCCACACAAAAGGAAAAAGAGAAGAAAAGCUCCGUCCGCAGCUACUUCAAUCAUGGCAGAUAAGAAGAACAAGCCAAUCAAAGAAGAGAAGAAGAUCCCUGUCUUCACAGUACUUAAAAAUGGUAGCAUUUUCAAGAACAUCUUUCUCAUCGACAGCCCUCCUUCAAUCUCUGAAGAACCCAAGUCGAUCGAAUCCAGUGAGAAUAGUCAGAAAUGUUUCGAAGAGGUCUUGAUCGUGGGAAGGCACCCAGAUUGCAAUAUCAUGUUGGAGCACCCAAGCAUUAGCCGGUUUCAUCUUAAAAUCUGCUCGAAACCCUCGUUGCAGAAGCUUUCAGUGAUGGAUUUAUCAUCUGCCCAUGGGACAUGGAUUUCGGGGCAAAAUAUUGAACCACAACUUGUAGUAGAACUAAAUGAGGGUGAUACGCUGAGGUUGGGUGCUUCAACGAGGAUUUACAGAUUGCAUUGGAUGCCUUUGAGUCAAGCAUUUAAUGUUGAAAACCCAUUUGUUUCUCCAUCAGAUGCGUUACAUCACGAAGAAGAAGAGGAACAAACGUAUCAGGAUGAGAACUCAAAUCCAGUUAUAGAGGGAAUUUUCCCAUCAGCACCCCCACAUCCAGAAACCUUGAAUUUUUCAUUCCCUGAAGAGAAUUUAAUCAGAAGCUUGUCUGUUUCUGCGUCUGAUGCAUUAAGACAUGACGAAGAAACAUUUCAGGAUGAGAACUCAGCACCGGUCGUAAAGGGAAUGUCCCCAUCGGCAUCUCCAUGUCCAGAAACCAUGAAUUCUCUGUUCCCUGAUGCAAAUUCAAUAGCAUUUGCACAUAAACAGACCCUUUCUGCACCUCCAAUGCCAGAGUCCAUGAAUUCAUCCUCUCCUGAUGAAGGGAAAGGAAUGGGAGAAGAGGUCAUGUCUGCUGGUGAAAAGCUUGAAGAAGGAGAAAAGCAGAGUCCACCAAGGAGGAUUCUUGAUAAGCCGAAGAUCUCGAGCCUCGGUUCAGAAACUGUUGUGACCGAAUCUGUGAAUUCAUCAUUGACUAUGGACAGAUCACUCACGGAGUUCGCAGCUCUACUACAACUUGAUAAAGAGAACCAGAGCGCACAUGUCCUUUGUUCCACAGAAGUGCUAUCUGAAAGAGAAAAUCAGGAAACACCUUUGAGAAGAUCAGAGAAAAAGAACAAAACACCAAAUCUUUGGUCUCGAAGAGGCAAACCGGCCAGUGUUCUUCAAAUUCUAACAGGGAAGAGCAAGGGAAAGAGUAUGGGAGCUAGUGUCAAUGUUCAAACAGAAACUGAAAAUCAGAAAGGAGGAAAGGAGAACCCAAUUUCUAGGGCUCUUUUCCCUCACUUGAAUGGAGAAGAUGAAAUUUUCACUCCAGACAAGGAAAAUUUCAGCCCAAAUACUCUGCUUCUCAAAUCCAUGAAGAAGGUUAAUGUGGACGAAAACACGCAUUCGAAGUUAUGCAGAUCAUCAUCUAAGAUUACUGCUGACUCCAGGGUAGACACAGAAGAGCAUUUCUCUUCAGAUAAGGAGAAUCAGACAUCUAUGAUUUUCAAAGAAGGAAAAGUUCAGGGAAUUGAAUCACAAACUCGAGCAAUGUUGGAAACUGUGAUCACAGAGACGGCAAGAGGACCUGAGAGAGUUCCAUUUCAGUCCAUACUAUCAAAAUCUAUCAGUAAACGCAGGUCAAAAGUUUCAGUCAGUAAUGCUACUGCAAGGAGCAGCCAUUCUGUCAACUGUACCCAAGCCAUACAGAAAAACAGUAACUCAUCUUCUAUUCAGCCUCAGCAUGAGGCCAAGAAGAAGUGGAACAUGGUGGUUGACACAACUUGUCUUCUAAACAAGGAGUCUAUAAGGUCAUUGAAGCUCCUACAAGGCCUCAAGGGAACACAACUCAUCAUUCCAAGAAUGGUCAUAAGGGAACUGGAUAGUCUGAAACGACGUGGAAGCCUCUUUAAAGGGGAAUCAGAUGCUGCUUCUGUACUGAAGUGGAUAGAAGAGUGUAUGGUGAAAACAAAGUGGUGGAUUCAUGUUCAGAGCUCAGUGGAGGAGACCAGGCCAAUUGCACCAACCCCUCCCGCUUCUCCAGGCUUAAGUGAGGAGAGCAAUGGUGGAUUUGGUGGAGGUUCUACUAGUUCAGUUCCAUCCUUUGGGAGUUUGACAGAGAUAGUUUCUCCGACAGCGGAGGACCACAUCCUUGAAUAUGCUCUCUUAUUCAAGAGAAUUAAGAUUGAUGAGAAGCUCAUUCUUCUCACAAAUGAUGUCACUAUGAAGAUCAAAGCCAUGGCAGAAGGAUUGCUCUGUGAAACUGCUGAGGAAUUCCGUGAAAGUCUUGUGACCCCAUACUCUGAGAGGUUCUUGUGGGCAGAGAGCACUCCAAGAGGGCCUACUUGGUCUUGUGUGGAUGACAAGGUUCUUAGGGAGAACUAUUGCAAGCAGCGUCCUAUCAAGAGUACUCCAAGGGGCUUGAAGCUUAUUUUGCUCCAUAAUUCUCAAUAUGGGCAGGCCAAUUCAGUUAAUAACCUUGUCAAUCAAAAGGUGUAGUUCUUUCUGUGAAUCAGAUGCUGGAGUUCUUAUUUUUUAGCAUUCAGUUCAAUUGUGUUAACCUCCAUUUAACAAAGGUCCAUCAUUCCUGUUUUCUUUAA